CACGGCCAGCGCGUCAUUUCCGGUACUGUACGAAAAUGGCGGCUCCGAGUAGCGGCAGUACCUCUAAGCGCCUGGUGCAGUAUGUUGUAGUUCGGUCGGAUUUGAUACGUGCCUUGUCGUGGCCUUUAGGAGCGGUUAUCACGCAGGCCUGUCACGCAGCUACCGCCGCCAUUCACUUGAACUACAGCGACCCGGACACGCAGGAAUACCUGUCUGACCUGGACAACAUGCACAAAGUGGUGCUGCAGGCAGCCGAUGAAGCGAGUCUGACCCAUUUAUCCACAACGCUCAGUGAAAAUGGUGUCGCGCACAAGCUGUGGACGGAGCAGCCGGAGAACUUUCCCACCUGCUUGGCCCUGAAGCCUUACCCGAAGGAAACCGUACAGCACUUUCUGAAAAAGUUCAAGCUUUUUAAAUGAGUGGAAGGGACAUGGUUUCAUUUCUUUACAGAUGUACAGAACAUUAAAAAAAAAUUCUCACUGUAUGUUGGUUUGAAUACAUACUGCAGACAUGUGUAGCACAAUAACAAAAACACCAGGUCCAGACUUAUGAAUGAACGAGGAAAACGUUUUAGACUUCCUGUCCAAGCUUGUGUUUCCUGUGUGUUCCUAGAGGAGACAGGUUUUUUUUUUUUUUUUUUUUU